CCUCUACAUGUGCACAGCAACUUUCUUCAAGAACACUCCAUCUGAGCCCCUGUCUGCAGCUUCAGUAGCUGCACGCUCACAAACGCUGCAGCCGGGAUUGGAGGAAGUGCGCAUGCUCGAGGGUACUUAAUACGAACGCUGCCUCCCGUCUCAAGACAUCUCAGCCUCAGUUACCAUAAUGAGCAGAUAAGAUCAUCUGCUGUGUGGAGGACAGAAGGUUAGUAAGACCUUAGCAGAUACCCCCCUCUUCCGUCACGAGCAAUCCAGCAAGUUUCCAGUGCAAUGGCUGAAGAAGACUAUGGCAGCUUUGUGGACUGGAACCAGAUGGGGGAUUUGGCCAAGAGCAGUGGGCCCACCAAGGUGGACUGUAAAGACCUGAAAGAGUUCAAGCAGAUGGCUAGACAAGGUUAUUGGGCCAAGAACCACAAACUACGGGCACAAGUCUAUCAGCAGCUCAUCAAAGCCAUUCCCUGCCGUACAGUGACCCCAGAUGCAGCAGUAUAUCGUGACAUUAUGGGAAAUGCAGCCACAAAGAAGCCCUCCUCCAACAUCCCGCUGCCAGAGUUUGUGGAUGGAAAUCCCAUACCACGUUAUUGUCUGAAGCCGGAGGCAGUGGCCUCAGCCCAUCAGAUUAUCAGCUGUCUUGCUGGACAGUUUCCAGAUAUAUCUCAUUGCCCAUCGCUUCCAGCAGUUACUUCAUUGCUCCUGCACUUCAGUGUAGAUGAAGCUCAGUGUUUUGAGCAUAUCAGCCGCAUACUGGCUUGCAAUGAGCCAGGGAAGCGACUUAUAGACCAGACUUUCCUGGCUUACGAGUCCAGCUGCAUGACCUUCGGUGACCUGGCUAACAAGUACUGCACAGCUGCUCACAAACUGAUUGUAGCCACAGCCCAGGAUGUGAUGGAUGUCUACUCAGACUGGCAGCGCUGGGUCCUUGGUGACCUGCCUUUUAGCCAUGUGGUUAGAGUCUUAGAUGUCUACCUAGUAGAGGGCUACAAGGUUCUCUACCGUGUGGCUGUAGCCUUACUCAAGUUCUAUCGCAAGCAUAAAAUAGGAGUGCAGGGGGGGCAGGGGAACCAGCAGCAGCAAGAUUCAAACAAAAUCAAGGCAGAUAUUCAAGCAUUCGUUAAGGGUAUUGCCUCCACUGUUACACCUGACAAGCUGCUAGAGAAGGCCUUCUCCAUCCGCCUGUUAAGCCGUAAGGAGAUCACCCUGCUGCAGCUCACAAAUGAGAAGUCCCUGCAGCAAAAAGGAAUCACUGUGAAGCAGAAGCGCUCUAGGCGGAACGUGCAGCUGGCACUUAACCCCGACACGUUUUCCUCUGAGAUAGUCAGUGCCAAGGAGAUGCAUGACAUCUGGUCGUGGAUCCCUGAACGCUUUGCCCUGUGCCAACCACAGCUUCUCUUUACAACCUCCACCCACGGUUGCAGCCUGAACAGAUUCUACUCACAUUGUGAGGGUCAUGAACCCACUCUGCUCCUCAUCCGGACCACAGAUGCCGACGUAUGUGGAGCCUUUCUGUCCACAGAUUGGGAGGAGAGGAAAAGAGGAGGCAACAAGUCGAGCUUCUUUGGCACAGGGGAAUGUUUUGUCUUCAGGCUGAAGCCAGAAAUGGAGCGUUACGAGUGGGUAGUUAUCAGCCACCCUGAGUUGGCUUCCUCCAUCAAGACCCAGGAUCAGGAAGAAACGGCAGCAUCUGAGGGCCGGAACUUGGACAAUAGCUUAGAGCAGCCAGAAAAACCUCCUGGAGAGCUCUCACCAUUUCUGUCUGCCCGCCACUUCAACCUGAACUCCAAGAAUACUUCAAUGUUCAUGUCUGGAAAUGUUGACUCCAUCAUAGUGGGAGGAGGUGACGGCAACGCUCUAUAUAUCGACUCUGAGCUGAACCAUGGGCGCACUGGCAGGUGCACCACCUUUGACAACCCACCCCUGUGUGCAGAGAGCUUCCAGAUUUCAUUGCUAGAAGUGUGGGGCUUCCAGGAUGCCAUGGCCUCAUAAUGCUGUACAUGUACACACUACACAUAUUUAGAUAUUCAUCCAUGAACACUUAAACAUAAAAGGAAAAGUCAAGUCUUUCUGUCACGCCAAGCGUUUUAGAUGGAAAACAGACAUGCAAAGAAAACUAUAUCCGUCCUGCAAAUUCAGUUCUGGUUUAGGAUAUUUUUGUUUAUUUAUUAAUGCUGUUUCUUCAAAUUUCAACAGAAAUGAACAAAAUGUUUCUUUUUUUGUUGUUUAUUUUUGUAUUUAUAGAUUUGUAUACUAAUUUUGUUGAAGAGGUAAUGGAUGUAUUCAGGAUCAACUGUGUUCACCCUCCUGCUGAGCAAAAACAUUUGAUUUUUCUGAAUGUAAAUAAGUCACGGUAUGUUCUGGAGUUUCUCAAUCUGCCAAACUUAUUGUUAAGAUGACUUUGCAGUCCUUAAAAAAAAAAAAACUAUCAGGGUAUGAGGUUUACAGCAGCAUGUGUAAAGUCCAGUUCUCAUUUUGUGGUAUGUAUAUUGCGAAAGAACAAAAGAACCUAGAUGUUAGAACUUGUCAUAUCUUCCCACACUUCCUGAAUUAUUGUAGAAAGUGGGAAGUCUGAUUAAUGAAUUAAUGGUGUAAAUCUUUGUGAAUAUCUAGUGAAUUUAUGUGUUGCCAUUUUGCACCAGUUUUCUCUUUGAAUCUGUGGUGAUUGUUUCCCUUUUUGUGCAGUAUAUGAAUCUAAUUUUUGCUUUUCAAGUAACUGAGAAAAAUCUUGUCAUUUUGAUGUUCCUUCCGUCCUCUGCAGUAUAAAGAUGGUAACGAGAGCCCUGAACAAUGUCCUGUUCCUGAACUGUUGUAGAGGGUUGUGUGGUGGGUGUGUGUGUAUGGGUGUGUGUAUGUAUUUGAAUAUGUGCUUCAGUAAAGUGUCAAGUGAAUAACUGUAAAUGUGAAAAUACAGCAUUACACUUUGA